AUGUUCUCUGCGCUGGCGUCCCGGGUGACGCGUGCUACAUCUUCCGUCUCGCGUCAGGCGCGCUGUUUGGCAACACAUGUCCCAGUCCCUACAGGUGGUAGUGCUUCUACGUCCUCCGCCCCAGCGUUCGCUCAAGCCAAGGACGGAGCAUUGAGACCCCUCCUCGAUGUCAAGGUCAACCCCAACCACGGCUUGUAUGCGUUCUACAGGCGCAAGGAGAAGGACGGCGUAGUAUCCUAUGUCACCCUGGAGGCUCAGGAAUUGAGGGAAGACAGCGGUCGCUCGUGGCUGGCCGCAGAGCUGAGGAGGAAAAGCUUCAAGGACCUCCACACGCUCUGGUACGUCCUAGUACGAGAGCGCAAUCUGCUCGCGACGCAGAAGGAGCAAAUGCGCCGGUCAAGAAUCAACCACGCCGAAUCCAUCACGUCCAAAAGGGCACACGUGGUUCGUAAGUCCAUGGCUCGCAUCAAGCUUGUUCUCAACGAGCGACGCCUCGCGUACGAGGGUGCUAUGAAGAUUCGCAGCGAGGAAGAGGCGGCUGUGGCGGCUGAGCAGGAGGCGGAGGUUGAGGCAGUCGAGGGUGGCGAGACGCAAGCACAGACGAAGCCGAGGAAGCGGGAUGCUUCUUCUUUUGCGGCCGAGUCCUUGUUCGAAAGCCCAGUCGAGCAAAAGGCGUAG